AACGUGCUGAGUUCGUACUGUACUCAUGGACAGCAACCCAUCGCGUCCACCAACCUGGCUUGUGAUUCCAAAAGUCAAUGGCAUAGCAUGGUCAAUAUACCAACAACCUCAUUACUCCUGGAGGACCUGCCGAGGUCACAAGCAGCACCAGGAGCACGAAGGAUGAAGCCCUAACGUGCAGGUAAGACGUUCUCAUGUUGUCUUCUCCUCUGUAUACAGGUUUCUCCAUUUUUCACAAUACACUCUUCACCGCCCAAUGUCUAUCUCCGUCCGAAGCGGGCCCCUAGCCCCAGGCAUCGCCUUUAUCACAGGCGGUGCCCGCGGCAUCGGCAACGCGGUGGCCGUCUCCUUCGCCAAAGAAGGCGCCAAAGGCAUAGCUUUGGUUGACACCCUCUCCGACUCCGCUCUUGCGGAGGGCAAAGCAGCCGUAGAAGCGUACGGAACCAAAUGCAUCACCAUCCACGCCGACGUGACAGACGAAACUCAAGUCUCACAAGCCGUGGCCGGGACCGUACAAGUCUUUGGACGGAUAGACUACGCAGCCAAUUUCGCCGGGAUAGCCGGACCAUUGGAUGCAACCGUCGAUACGGAGACGGAGAAGUGGAAACGCGUUAUCAACAUCAACUGCACCGAGGGUCGCGUCCCACAAUUACGAAGUAUCGUCAACUGCGCUUCAGUCAACAGCACCCAAGCCGGAGCCGGAUUAUCCGGCUACACCGCGGCCAAACACGCAGUACUAGGUAUCACCAAGACCGGCGCGCUUGAGGCACGGGAAUAUCAUAUUCGUGUGAACUGUGGCUUUCUGCGGACGCAGAUCCUGGAGACGAAGGAGUCGAGGGAGGAUGGGCUCGGGGGUGAUUCGGCGGAGAGUUUGUGGGGCCAAUUUGAGGCGAGGCAGGGUCGGAGGGCGAUGGUGGAGGAGAUUGGGGAUGUGGUGCUGUUGUUGAGUACGCCGCGGAUGAGUUUGGUGAAUGGGCAUAAUCUGGUUGUUGAUAACGGGUUUACCAUCUGUGAGACUUGACUUUACCGAGGGUGGCUGAAAGGGGCAGUAGUUGCAACGAUCAACAGCCUCAGAUAGCGUAGGAGGUAGCGAUGCACCUGUACUUGGAGAAGUUAUUGCGGGA